AUGAUUGGAGGUGUCCAGUUAACUAAUCAGGCACUACAAUGUUUUGUUGAUGCAUGUGGUCGAAAGCCUGCCAGACCCACUGCCACCACUACCACCACUACCCAAGCCACCACUGAGGUAACCACAAUCUACACAGAAAGAUGGCUGAAUUGUUCCAGUGAAGAAAUUCAGAAGACAGGAUGUCUCAAUGGAGGAAGGUGUUUCGCCAUGCUCUUGGGAGGGACUCGGGUAUCUGCCUGCCAGUGUCCUGCUUCUUACACAGGACGUAGAUGUCAGGAAAUUAACUAUCUCCCAGCGAGAUCUAAUAAUCGGCUAAGAACAGCUGGAAUUGCUGCUGGUAUCUCCUCACUACUCCUGAUCCUUGUCUUUGGUGUGUGUGUUUUUGUGAUAUUCAUCAGAAGAAAACGAAAAAGUGUGCCUAAUGGUCAACAGAGAGUCACACAAGGUUGCCCAGUCUCUGCUUCCUUCUUAUUUGUGUUAAAUACAAGUGGUGAAGAAAUGAUGAAUCUGCCUUUUGCUGCUAUCUCCAUGCUAUCUUUGAUCAUGUGCUAUUCUACUACACUGAGUUUUCCUGAGAAGAAUGUAGCAGGUUUUCUAUCAGAAAAUGGUUUCAAUUUUGUCUAG